AUGCUAGAGUGGCCGCCGGAAGAUCAAGAUGAGACAGACCGCAUUCAACUGCUGGGUCAGCUGGCAUUCGAUCUGACGGGUGCAAUUGGUCGGGAUGGAUGGUGUUGCAUUCACAUGAACGAUGAUGCCUUGGUGCGGGAUGCCGCCGUCUCCGAAGCCAGGUCACUUUCCAACUUCGCAAGUCCACGUGCCGAGUUGAUGCCGGACUAUUUUGGACAGGAUGGCACUGGCAAAAUGGCGACCUUCCAAGACUCUGCCAGGAAUAGUGAUGCUGCCUGGGCAUUGUCAGAAUUAGAUGCCGAGCUGACGGCUUUGUGCAAAGUCCUGGCACCGCUGUCGACUCAAGCGCUGGGCUUUACCUGCGCCGGGCGGCGAAAAGGCAUGGUUUGGAUGCCAUUUGCAGACUCUGAGGAGUCCAACAGGCUCCGCCCGCAGCCUCUGACUGAGGAGGAUGCGGAUGCAGGUGUCCUGGACAAUCAUCUACAAUUUAUCCAGAGAAGAAGGUUGUGCUUCAUGCGCUGGAUUUCAAACGAUGGCGGUGUUUUGGAGCUCCUGCCACGACCAGAUCAAAGCGCAUAUAAGGCAAUGACACUUCCGAUAGUGCAAAAUCGGCUGCUGGUGUUUCGGAGCGAUUUGUUCAGCUUCUCUUACAAGCCAACUGGAAAGGAUUCCCUGGCGCUACUGACAUGGAUUCUUGACACCGGGUCACAGGCUGAGCGACAAACUGCAAAAGGUUUCUUCGGCGUGGAUGAUGCGCUGCAACACUCUGAAGCUCUCGGGAUAUUCGUGGGACCUCCAAUGCCCACAGGUUAUAGAAUGCAUAUCAUGGCCAUGCAUGCCCACGUGCCUGGCGGAGCGCAAGACUUGGACGGUUUUGAGUGUAUGCUGACAUCUGGCGUUGACGGUUUCAUUCACAUUCCGGCCACAAGGUUUGACACUGAGAUUUAUUGCUGUCCAGAAGGCGAGAAGCUGCCUGGCCAAAGCUAUGUGAGGCAUGCGGCCAUGAUGUCCGACCAGGAGAUCACCUGCUUUGACAACAAUUUCUUCGGAAUUCGAGAAGAUGAAGUCAAAAUGAUGGCGCCGAACCAGCGGCUCAUAUUGGAGGAUGGUUAUGCGUGUCUGCGGAAAGCUGGAUUUGAUCGCAAAUCCCUUGUGGGUCGCAGUACGGCGGCCUUCCUGGGUGAUACUGGCUGCGAUUGGGAUCCGUUUUGGCAGAUCAAGGUUCUUGAGAAUCCUCUGAAUCCUGGCCGUUCGGUUCCGUGGGGAAACUGCGAGGGCAAUCACCUGACCUACGGUGGAGUUUCCAAGGCAGUGUCUGCAGGAAGGCUGUCGCACAUUUUUGGAUUGCGCGGCGGCUCCACAAAUAUCGACACAGCUUGUUCUGCCUCACUGGUCGGCGUCUCCACCGCAGUGCAGGCUAUGAGAAGGGCCGGCGGUGGGCAGGUCAAGGCGGUCGCAGACAAGCACAACUUGGAUGCUUUGUGCAUGGGCAUCAACAUGCUCACCAGCCCUUGGGCAUUCGUCGGUCUUUGUGGCCCAUCCAUGCUAGCGGCGAAGGGCAGGUGCUUCACCUUCGAUGUCAGUGCGGAGGGCUAUGCAAGAGGAGACGGAUUCGGAGCUGUCUACAUCAAGCCGAGCGACAAUGAUGAGGACUACCUCAAGCAGCGACUCGAGCCAACAACCCAGUAA